AUGCGUACAAUCAUCUUCUUGGCCUCCUUGGGCUUUGCAGCCGCUGAGAACGGUCUCAAUGGCUGGCUACGGUACGCACCAUUACCUUGUUCAGGUCGAUGUCAUUCCAGCCUUCCUUCGAGUAUUGUCACCCUCAAUGCGACUGAGACGAGUCCGCUAUACGUUGCGGGGACGGAGUUGCAGAAUGGUCUCAAAGGCGUCUAUGGGAAGCAUGUUAAAGUCACGCACAACAAGUGCAAGACAUCCGCCUCGGUCAUUGUUGGCACAAUUGAUGGAUAUCGGGAUAUCUGUGGCAGUGCGAAAGGUGUACCUGAAUUGGAAGAAGAUGGCUUUUGGCUCGACACCAAGGGGGAAAACAUACAAAUCCUUGGACAAAACGAGAGGGGUGCACUCUAUGGCACCUAUGAAUACCUGUCGAUGCUUGCACAGGGAAACUUCUCUAGGGUCGCCUAUGCAUCCAAUCCUUCUGCGCCUAUUCGCUGGGUGAAUCAAUGGGACAACAUGGAUGGACGAAUCGAACGCGGCUAUGGUGGCCCCUCUAUCUUCUUCAAGGACGGUCAAAUUGUCGACGACCUAACCCGCGUUGCUGAAUACGCCCGCCUCUUGGCCUCGAUCAGAAUCAAUGCUGUCGUAAUCAACAAUGUCAAUGCGAAUGCUACCCUCUUGACGCCCACAAACCUCGACGGUGUGGCUCGAAUCGCCGAUGUCUUCCGCCCCUAUGGUAUACAAGUUGGUCUAUCGCUCAAUUUCGCAUCCCCUAAAACCUAUGGAGGGCUUGACACUUUCGAUCCCCUUGAUGCAUCUGUCAUCGAGUGGUGGUCCGAUAUUACGGCCCAGGUCUAUGACCGAGUUCCUGACAUGGCUGGUUACCUUAUCAAGGCCGACUCGGAGGGAGAGCCUGGCCCCCAGACAUAUAAUAGGACCCUCGCAGAUGCAGCAAACCUUUUUGCCAAAGAUGUCCAGCCCUACGGUGGAAUUGUUAUGUAUCGCGCGUUUGUCUACGAUCAUCACCUGGACGAGUCGGUCUGGACGCAUGAUCGUGCAAAUGCUGCUGUAGACUUUUUCAAGGACCUAGAUGGUGAAUUUGACGACAAUGUGGUGAUCCAAAUCAAGUACGGGCCAAUUGAUUUCCAGGUCCGUGAGCCACCAUCGGCAUUAUUUGCAAAUUUGUUCAAAACCAGCAUGGCCAUUGAACUGCAGGUUACUCAAGAAUACCUUGGGCAACAAUCGCAUUUGGUCUAUGUUGCCCCUCUUUGGAAGACAAUCCUAGACUCUGACCUCCGCGUCGACAACCAGCCAUCACUGGUUCGCGACAUCGUGACUGGUAAACGGUUCAAUCGCAAACUAGGCGGCUCAGCAGCCGUUGUUAACGUGGGCACAAACACCACCUGGCUCGGUAGCCACUUGUCUAUGUCAAACCUAUAUGCCUAUGGUCGCUUGGCUUGGAACCCGGCAGAUGAUGCCCAAGACAUUCUGCAAGACUGGAUCAGACUGACAUUUGGACUGGACCGCAAGGUAAUCGACACCAUCACUCGCAUGUCCAUGGAAUCCUGGCCUGCCUACGAACAAUACAGCGGGAACUUGGGCAUCCAGACCUUAACAGAUAUUCUAUACACUCACUAUGGACCCAACCCUGCGUCCCAAGACAACAACGGCUGGGGCCAAUGGACCCGCGCAAACCGAACUAGCAUUGGAAUGGAUCGGACCGUGGCACACGGCACGGGCUUUUCGGGCCAGUAUCCGGACGAAAUUGCUGCCAUGUAUGAGAACAUCAAUACCACACCAGACGAUCUUCUGCUAUGGUUCCACCAUGUAAGAUACACCCAUCGUCUGCACUCUGGGAAGACCGUUAUUCAGCACUUCUACGACGAACACUACACCGGAGCCAAAACUGCCCAGAGCUUCCUCACGCAGUGGGAAUCACUUCAUGGCAAAAUUGAUACUGAGCGAUACAACCAUGUCCGGCACUUCCUAGACUAUCAAAGCGGUCACUCAAUUGUGUGGAGAGAUGCGAUCAAUAACUUCUAUUACAAUCUUUCUGGUAUCCCCGACGAGGCCAAGCGUGUCGACCAUCACCCAUGGCGCAUCGAAGCGGAAAAUAUGAAGCUGGAGGGCUACAAAACUUACAACGUCAGCCCUUUCGAGGCAGCCUCUGGUUAUGUUGCAAUUGUUACAGCCUCUAACAGUACAGCCGGCACUGCCUCAACCAGGAUAGACUUUCCAUCUGGGACCUACGACCUUGCAGUGAAUUACUACGAUGUCUACGGUGGCCAGUCACAGUGGAAAGUCUACCUGAAUAACCGCAAAAUUGGCCAAUGGGUUGGUAAUAGUGAGGACACCUUUACUCACACGCCUUCAAUAUAUUUGGAUGGACAUUCAGCGAUUCGUAUCAAGUUCCGGGGUGUUAAGAUUCGCAAGGGCGACACUUUAAAGAUUGUCGGUACGCCUGAUGGUACUGAGCCGGCGCCGUUGGACUAUGUGGCUUUGCUGCCAGCAGGGAUUGUAGAUUAG